GAAUGGAACAUCCUGAAAGUUUGGCUCUCGAAGUAGGCGAGCUGCCGACUGACUGAUAACAUAGCAGGGGGUAACUUCGGCUUCUUCAGUCACCAAGACAGCAGACGAUUCACUAGCAUAACAAAGCGCUUCCCCCUCGUUUUAUAUUCUUUACUCCAAAGCAAUGUUCAUUUUGACUUUCCCAAUUUGUUUUGAGGCAACACAAAACGCGGCUUGAAGUAGCAGGCUUCUGGUCUUUGGGAAUGCUUCCUCAGUCUGCCAGUGAAGAGCAGAGAGUGACGGCCCCUUCUGUCCAGCCACAUCUGAAGACAUGUUGUACUGGACUUUGUGUGACUGGAAAGUACUGCUGCUGAUUGUUCUGCUGUGGGACUGCCUCUGUGCCUUGGAACUGAAACCCACGCAAUGGCCACUGUAUUCACAAAAGCCUUUACUCCUUGUUUGGAAUGCCCCGACUGAGGACUGUGCCCCAAGGCAUGGUGUUCAUUUUCAGUUGGACCAGUUCCACAUUGUGGCCUCACCCAAUGAGGCGUUCGUUAGACAGAACCUAACCAUCUUCUACAAGGACCGUUUGGGCUUGUACCCCUACUUUGAGUCGGAUGGAACGCCAUUGAAUGGCGGGCUGCCACAGUUGGCCAGCCUCACACGGCACUUGGCGAAGAUGCCAGACAGUGUACAGAGGUACAUACGUGAGCCAGGGGCCAAGGGCCUGGCAGUUAUUGACUGGGAGGAGUGGCGCCCUCUCUGGAUACGUAACUGGGCAAACAAAGAUGUUUACCGUAGACAGUCUCGUGACUUAGUACGCCAGAAGAACCCAACAUGGCCGCCAGAGCAGGUGGCAAAAGUAGCCCAGCAGGAGUUUGAAAUAUCUGCCAGGAAGUUCAUGGUGGAGACGCUGAAGCAAGCCAAAAACCUGAGGCCCAACCAGCUGUGGGGGUUCUACCUGUUCCCUGACUGCUACAACCAUGACUACGUACGCACUCUGGAGAACUACACGGGGCGCUGUCCUGAUGUGGAGGUGGCUCGCAACGAGCAGCUGAAAUGGCUGUGGAUGGAGAGCACGGCCCUCUUCCCCUCAGUCUACAUGGGCACUGUGCUGCGGUCCUCAGCCUCUGGUCGCCAGUUUGUCCGGAACAGAGUGAAGGAGGGGAUGCGCCUGGCAUCAUCGGGCGAUGGGUUGGCUCGUCCUGUCUUUGUGUACACUCGGCCCACCUACACAAAUUCUUUGGAACAGCUGACAGAGUAUGACCUUGUCUCCACCAUCGGGGAGAGUGUGGCUUUGGGAGCCGCUGGAAUCAUCCUUUGGGGAGAUGCUGCUUACACAAGCAGCAAAACCAGCUGUUCAGACCUUGACACAUAUCUACGGGGUCCACUGAGUCAAUACCUCCUCAACGUCUCCACAGCAGCAGAGCUAUGCAGCCAGACUUUGUGUGGUUCUCACGGCCGCUGCCUGCGCAAAAAUCCAGACAGUGAUGUUUACUUGCACCUGAGCCCCCUCACCCACAGUAUCAUCAGGCAGAAUGGCAAACCGACAGUCACCGGCAAACUUGGAGAGGCCGAUGUGACCACUUUUCAGACCUGGUUCCAGUGCCAGUGCUACAGCGGCUUUCAGGGCUGCAAUCAGACAGAUCUUCUGCACCAGAAAGGGACGGCAGCUGGAACCAUGCCAUCAGCACUCCAAUGUGUGUUCUUACUGAUUAUUUCUCUGCUCCUCACCUAAUGCGCCAUCAGCCGUAGUAGUAGUAGACAGCCUUAUUUUGUAUGUCACAAUACAGGAGUACACAUGAUGACAGGUUGAAAGUUGUGGGAGGGAAGUUUUUUUUUUUCAUUUGCUGUAAAAUAUGGAUGAUAGAAAGUGAAAUUUUUUUUUUAAAGAAACACUGUGGAAUGAGCAAAGUUAUAUUUGUUUAUAACUUUUAAUCUUUAAUGGCUCGCUGGAAAUGAACUUGUUUACAUUUUGCUCUCAGUUUCCUCUCAGUCACUGUUUUCCAUGGUGUCAGAUUCCAUGUUUCCCAUGGAGAGCACGUUAUUUGGAGGAUAUUUGUUGAAUGAGUUGACAUUUGACAGUCGUUCUGUGGUGAAAGUGGAAUUGAUGCACUUAAAACUGGCAAUAGCACAAUAUGAUCUGAAGUGCCUGAUCUUUUUUUUCUUCUCAAUAUGACCUCAUUCAUUACCUUUUCAUGGAGGCAAUAAAGUGUUACUAUUUAUUUGAAUGUAUUUGUAGGUGUUUUAUAUGAUAUUUUCUUAUUUUUAUGUCCAAAACAUGACUACUACUAGUUUUCUCAAAGACACGACAUUAGUCCAAUUAUGCUGAAAAACAAACUGUCAGCAACUAUCUGACUUCAGAAGCACAACCAUUGGACACGAAAUCCUUUAUGAUAUUUCUUCUGAAACCUCAACUCUGUCACUUUCCCCUCUGUCUUCAUGCUGUUUUCUCAAAUGUGUGUUGAUGUCAAAGUAAAUAAACUUAUUCUUGAA